CCCAAGCUGGGCUGUAAUUCACUAUGUAGUCCAGGCUGGACUUGAACUCACGGCAAUCCCUCUGCCUCAGCCUCGUGAGUGCUGGGGUCACAGACUUGAACCACUGAGAUUUAGGACUUGUUUCUUUCCACCAACGGCCCGGAAAGGGAUUUCUCUUGCCAGGAAGUUUUGUCUGAGAGGUUCCGAGCCUCAGCAAUGGCUCCAGGGUGACUUCUGGGAUCUUCCACGUUUCCCGAUCCUAGUGAAGACAGGCAUACCAGGCUGGGACAUGGACCUGUCAGCUGGGCUCCCUGUGCUACUGCUGCUGCUGUGGUCUAUGGCCCCGCAGGCGCGGCCGCUGCGCCCAGGGUCACAUUCUCUGUACUACCUCUUCAUGGGUACCUCACAGCCAGACCUUGGGCUGCCUUUGUUUGAGGCUAUGGGCUACGUGGAUGACCAACUCUUCGUGUCCUACAAUCAUGAGAGUCGCCGUGCUGAGCCCCGGGCCCCAUGGAUCUUGGGUCAGACCUCAAGCCAGCUGUGGCUGCAGCUGAGUCAGAGCCUGAAAGGGUGGGAUCACAUGUUCAUUGUGGACUUCUGGAAUAUCAUGGACAACUAUAACCACAGUAAGGUCACUAAACCGGGAGUGGUGCCCGAGUCCCACAUCCUGCAGGUGAUCCUGGGCUGUGAGGUGCAUGGAGACAACAGUACCAGCGGCUUCUGGAAGUACGGGUAUGAUGGGCAAGACUACCUUGAAUUCUGCCCCAAGACACUGGACUGGAGAGCAGCAGAGCCAGGGGCCUGGGCCACCAAGGUGGAGUGGGAAGAGCACAAGGUCCGGGCCAGACAGAACAAGGCCUACCUGCAGAGGGACUGUCCUGAGCAGCUGAAGCAAUUCCUGGAGCUGGGGAGAGGGCUUCUGAGGCAGCAAGUGCCUCCUUUGGUGAAGGUGACUCAUCAUUGGGCCUCUGCAGGGAGUUCUCUAAGGUGCCAGGCUCUGAACUUCUUCCCCCAGAACAUCACUAUGAGGUGGUUGAAGGACAACCAGGCACUGGAUGCCACGGAGAUCAACCCUAAGGAUGUGCUGCCUAAUGGAGACGGGACCUAUCAGGGCCAGGUGACCUUGGCAGUGGCCCCUGGCGAUGAGACAAGGUUCACCUGCCAAGUGGAGCACCCAGGCUUGGAUCAGCCCCUCACAGUCACCUGGGAACCCCCGCCGCCGUCGCGGGCCGUGAUUAUCGGCGCCAGCAGCGGGAUCGCCGUCUGUGUCGUCUUCUUUGUGGGGAUUUUGUUCCUGAUCUUAAGGAACAGGAAGGCUUCAGAAGAAACCAUGGGUGACUACAUCUUAGCUGAGUGUGGAUGA